AUGAAGAAUGUUUCACAAAUUAAAUCCUUACGCUCUUCUUCGCUUACUCCAACUGGUAACUGUUGGAAUUAUGAGGAUGCAGGGUACCAUAGUUACCUUCAAAAAAGUAGCAAAGACGAAGUGCUGAAGAGUUCUGCCUUGAAUACUGCCCUGAAUGGUGUGUGCGGCCGAUACGGGCUGAUAAUAUCAGGACAAAUAAAUAAUGCAGCCUCGAUAAGAAUCAUGGACGAUAGUGGAAUAUUUAAUCUGCUUCAGGGGUUUGGUCUUCCUCGCCUUGAUUGGAUUGGUAUCCACUCGUUCACAUUCAUAGACACUGCGCUAGGUCGCCGGAGUAUGACGCUUGACCUGUAUCUCAAUUAUUUUGUGCCGUCUCUGUGCACACGACUUCGAGUUCGUCUCAAGUGCCCUUACAACCUGUUGACUGUGAUGCACUCGGCACUGGCAAAGCUUAUGUUCGUAAAAGGUGCUUGCACUGUGCGUGACAGAAUUCUAACGACGUAUACUUUAUGGAACAGAGAAUUCUACACUAAACAUUCAACGACAGCUUAA